AGUAUAAAAUAUGAGAUUUCUCGACAGUAUUGAUUGGAUUGUUAUUGUAAAUACCAAAGAAAAAAACAGUAUUUUUCAAUUAUUUUCAACUUGGUACUCUAAAAGUUUGAUAAGCUGUUUAAAAAUCUUGCAGCAAGUUUUUUUUAACAAGUUAGAGUAAUGGUAAGUGUAUACAUGUGGUUCCUUCUGGUAAUCUCGAAUGGUUAUAAAAUUCCGCUUCCACGUCACAAUACGUAUGUUGUUGCGAGGUUUAUGCCUAGAAUUAUCGAAGCAUUCAAUUACUCAUUAAUACUACAUACAGAUGACGAUUCUGUCUACGAUGAGGGCAGACACCCAUUUUCACAGACAUAUUACAGCUUCAGACAUGAUUUAUUGAAUAACCAUACACGUCCACUUGGUCUAAAUUACAUGCAUAUUGUAGAUUCCAAUGAAUUGCUUCAGGAUGGAAAUUUUUUUCAUAUAGAAUCAAAGGUGAAUAAAAGAGAUGUUGUAGUUAUAAUAGAAAAUGGUGUCGAAGUACCACAGGAGCUGCUCAACCUACUCUAUUUCGCUAAAGUUAUUUUUGUUGUUAAAUUGAAUACGUCUCAAUUAUUUUACUGCACAUUUCCAUCUCAUGAAUUGAUCUGUCGCCUGAAGAGAAUCAAACCAACGGAUAAUUUACUUCGUUUGAAAAAAACGGAUACGAGUGGAGUUUUGAAAUCGGAAAUUGUCGGAUAUACCAUAAGCAAACCAUAUAUUUAUGUCAGAAAUGGUCAAGUGGUAGGCUUGGAAUCAAAGCUAAUGAAAUUAUUGGGUUCGAUUUGUAACUUUACAUAUUCCCUUGUAAGUUACGAUGAUAUUGAAAUAGAUGGAAAUAAAGUGGAACUGAUGUUAAACGAUUUGAUUUUUGGACCAUUAACGGAUCAAUCGUAUUCAACGAGAAUAAUUAAAGGAACCACGAUACGAACGUUGUUUAUAACAUGGUGGAUCAGCUGCUACAUCGCUACAAUUUGUUAUAAAACUUAUUUAUUAUCAACUUUAGUACAAAGACAUAUACACAAGAAUACUAUUGAAGAUUUGUGGGAACAAAAUUUCAAAUUUCAAUGUAGCGAAUACGACUAUUAUUUCAUAAAAUCCGAAUGCGAACGUUAUCCAUCUUCCGGUUGCUCCAUUUUGAUGUCAAGACUUUCUUUUAACAAUGAUAUAUGUAGCAUGACGUCCACUAUGCUACAGUCUAAAGUUGCAAUUAUAGGAGAAGUAUUUGCACUGAAUACUCUCUAUAUCAGGUUUUGUAAUUUGAGUUCGCUUGAUGUGGGUAGAAUUAGUUUCACGGAUAAUAAAUUAUUUGGAACACAGAUGCAUUUUUGGCCUUUGUUAAGAAAUUCGGUUUGGAUAAAGUCGUUCAACAAGUUAAUAAUAACGCUGGAGGAAUCAGGAAUUUUUUCCCAUUGGGUUGCGGAAGAAAUGGGUAGUAUAUCACAGAGACUCACAAGAAAAUCUAAGAAUCCUACUUUACAGAUAAUGCAAAUGGAAGAAAUAUAUUUUCCUUUAACUUUACUAUUAGGUGGAUAUUUAAUAUCAAUAGUAGUAUUUGUACAAGAAAUUAUCCCAAUCACAAUACUCAGAAACAAAAUUUUCGGCCCUAAACCGGGUAUAUUCCAAAAAUAAAGUUACUUAAAGAUUAAAAUUCGCCAUUGAUGACUUUUGACGUAAAUUACAACACAAUACACUGAAACAACAAGCAGGAUACAUAUUAAAUAUUUACUUAAUUAAAAUUAUGAGGCUAUAGAUUGUUUAGGAAAAAUUGUACAAUUGCAAUCCAUAUAUUUUUGUCGAUUGUCAUAAUUUCUUCUUUAAAAUUAAGUAUUUCGUAGCACUUCACGUCUGUAUACAUAUUUUAUUGUUGUGUAUGUAUAGGAAACUUUUCUUAGUGUAUAACUUGUUGUUUCAUCACCACUUGAAAAGAUUGUCGACUAUUUUUGGAUAAUAACUUUUUCACUACACUUCGUAUGUCUUCACUUGUUACUAAUCAUGUGAUUUGAUUUUAAAAUUUUUUGUGCUCUAUAAGUUUACGAGACUUUCAAAACUUUCACUCAAGCAUAACAGAGUAUUUAUGUUUUAAAUUUAUCCAAGUAAUGAAUAAUUCCAGUUUUGGAUCGCAGAAUAUGAUCACCUUUUUUAAAUUAUCCCAUAUUUAUAAGUUAUAAAUCCAAAAGAAUUGAUAUUAUCUCUCCAGUAAGUAAAAUAACAUUUUUUUCGACUUCAUAUAACAAACUGAUUUUAAUGUCAGAAACGUUUCACGCUGUUGUCACAUUUUCAAGCACAUAGAUAAAAAUAUUUUAUUGUCUGAUAUAUACCGACUGAGAUUUAUACAUAUACAUUCAUAUUGGUUAUAAUUUUAAUAACUAAAUAGAAACACAAUAACAAUUAUUUUAUUUCUUAACUCUUCUUAUGUAUAAGGCAUCAAAUUGACCUUUACUCUGACGUCAUACUCUACAAACUAAUGGAAUAAAUCGAAACGAAAUAUUUACUGUUACUAGGGACGGGCUAUCGAUAUUUUUUCAAGAAAUAAUCGAUAAAUUUUAUAUUGAAGUAUCGUUAAACGACAUUUUAUAUUAAUUAUAUAUUCCACUUAGUAGCGUAAUAUUUUCCUCGUUCUAAUUAUAAAUUAAUUACUUACAUAUCGCAGUGCUGCUUCGAUAUGUAACAGUGACAUAAUAACAGUCUGUUACUUCAUAUCACUGUCUUUCAGCAACUGACGUCACUCGUAGAUCGGGCAACCUAUUAUCUACCAACCUUGAUCGAGUACUCUUUUAAAUAUGGCGCUAUAUAUGCCGAUAACGCUUAAUUCAAGUUGAUUACUUUGUUUGCGGGUUUGAUUAAGGAUAGGUGUGAUUAUAUUUGCCUUUAUAAGUGUUGUUUCAAUGGGGUUAAUCGAGAGUUGUUCUUAAUCACCCCAGCUUUAGAUUUUGUUUUGCAUCCGAGCAGAGGUUAUGUCCUUAUGCUUGCCCCUUAGUACCAUUACUAGAUCAUCCGCUUACCUUCGAAUUUCAAAUACAUCGCUGCUAAAUCUAGUGAAGUUUUUCUCCAAUACCAAUAACCAUAAUUCAGGUGAUAGAACUCCGCCUUGUGGACAGCCUUUUACAGUGAAAGUGCAUUUUGCAUAAGCAAAUUAUUUGGUGUGAAAUGGAUUUUGCGAGAGUCAUACCUCUAAGGUAUUGUUCUAAGGCUUUCUCUAUAGUUUUUAAGAAAUAUGAGGUAAGGCAAUUUGGGCGAUAAGAUUUUGGUUGAUGGUAUGAACACUACUAGAAUCCGGCUUCAAAAGAUGUUUCUUCAUUACUUCAAAGCCUUUUUGUAGUAUAGCUGGAAAAAUGUCGUCUUUAAUGAGUGAUUUGUAGUGAUUGAAACUCUCAAUACUUGAUACUGUUUAUUGAAAAGAUUUUUCGUGCCAGAAUUUUACUUCCGUUAGGAAGAUUAGUCCCUUACGUUUCCUAUAUUAAACUUUGGCAGUGGUGGUAUAGAAGGAUAAAAAAAUUCCACAUCCUUUAAAUUAUUUAUUUAUAGUUUUAUAUUGAUACAAAUACAACAAAUCGAAUAUUUAUGCUUAGAGUUAAUACAAUAUAAAUUUUAUUUCUCACUUAUUCCAAAAAAUAAUUGAUUUUUUAGAAAUAAUUUCGGGCAAUGGACUAAAAGGACAAAUUAAGUAACUAUGCAUAAUAAUAUAAGAAUUAUUCAGCAAAUUUGUGUUGAAUAAGUAACAAGAAUGUUGAUAUUUUGAAAUCUGUGUCACAAGCUGUAUAAAAGUCAAUGAAAUAAUCUUCAAUUUGUAAAAAUUUGUUGAAACCUGUUUUUGUAAAAAAAUUUAUUAUUAAAUAAAUAAAAAAACUUGACGGAUUUCAAGAAUAAAUGAGAAAUAAUUUAAAAAUCACUUGUUUUUUGCAAAAAAGUGUGUAUUGCAUGUUACAAUGUAUCAGUCAUAAAGAACAUUCAAAAAUAUAUAUUCUAUUUAAAUAAUUAAAAUAUUUGAGCGAAUAA